AGAAAUUGUUGACGCCCUCUUCGUUCGUCCAGGCGUUAUUUUAUUUGCAGCUUUUUCAACUUUUGGGGUGUCUUUUCGUGAUGGAAAUUGUUCCAUGAAGUGACCUUUUUGCUCUCAAUGGUCAGCUUGUUUACAUCAUGGAACUACCAAAAGGUCAUCCCAGCCAUGAGAGGCCAUCGAUAUCCCAAGACUACCGUUAUCCUCCCCCGUCCACGCAUCACUUCUCACCCGGGCCCUCUCCGUCCUUUCACCACGCCUACACGGCCAGUUUGAUUGCAGCAGGUCACCCUGAACAGCACCAGCUGUCCCAACCGCCCAUGCUCCAGCAGCGAGAUGUGGUAACCAGGCUUCCACCUAGGAUAGAUGACAGGAGUGGUUACCAGCAACCGGACUCUCUGGCAGUCAUUCCCGGAAACGUCGACCCAAUGGAUCAGCAGCGUCCAGAUGCCUUCAAGAAGCAAACCCUCACGACCAACCCUUACUUCUACCACCCCAACUUUGCGGUGAUGUCCUCUUUGGCUGCAGAGAACAACCACCUGCCCCCAGCACCGCCCAAAGAGUGUCCACCGAACCUGGUCAUAGGGUCUGCAGUCGCAAUGGAUGCUGCACCACGGGAGAACAGCCUCGUGGUCAGCAACAUGGACAUGGCAUCAUCGACAUCCUCACCAAGUACUUGUACUUCGCUGCAGCCUCCGAACAACCCUGAGGCUGCCGUCGAGAGGACAACCGCUACGGAUCCGGCGGCACCGAAGGAUGCUGUCAUUGCUGGAUCCGUUACCAAGGAGCUUACUGAAGAAGAAAAGUCUCUGAUGUUGCGUAAGAAGUAUGCCCCCAAACCCAAUUCCUUAAUCCAGACCUUACUGAAGAAAGGAGGCCCUCCCCCAGACGAACUCAGCUAUGAUCAGUUCACCGAUGAUGCCAACGAUGUCCGGGUCAUUGCCGUGAAGCCCAUCGAGCCAGGACAGGUCUAUGGACCUUUGAAAGGGAGUGUGAAGACUUUGGACUGUCUUCAUAAUGUACAGGCAUGGGAGCUCUGCCUGGAUGGAAUGGUAGCUGCUUACAUGGCCCCUGCCCCGCGGAAGGAAUGGAUGGGCUUCGUCCGCAACGCUCGCUACCCCGAGGAAUGCAACCUCGAUGCUGGUCAGGUCUAUGGACGGAUCUACUUUACCGUGGUCAAGAGGAUUGAACCGGGUACUGAACUGAGGGUCUUCUAUAGUGAUACCUACAGAGAGAACUGUGGAUUCAUGUACGACCUUUCUGCUCUCAAUUAUAAUAAAGACACUGACAGCUUCUCCUGUACCAUGUGUAAUGUGAAGACUGUCAACUCCAAGAGCAUGGUGAGACACUACAAGGUCACCCACCCUGAUGAUGGCCUACAGGAAGAGAAGUCGGUGCCUUUGAAGGUUGCCGAGAGGCUGAAGCUGCUCAAUGCUCAGUGCAAGCUACCCCCACAAUACGACGAGGAAGACGAUGAGGAAGAAGAGGAAGAAACCAAGGAGGACGAUGCCAAAGUGGCGGAAAAGAAUUCCGAAGGAGAAGCACCAAAGACGUCGGUUCAGGGGGUGGCAUCGAUGACAAAUGUACAGAGACAUAAGAGUAAUCAUAAUGCAAAGAGAAAAAUGCAGGAUGAUGGUGAUUCCCAGAGGUUCAUAUGUCCCACCUGCGGUAAGAACUUCCCCACCCACGGCCGCUUGGUGGUGCAUGAGUCUUUCCAUACUAACAAUGACGUUAAGGACAAUGAUACAGAGAAUGAGACAGAUGACGAUGACGACAGUGUGACUGAGUACAUCGACCAUGGCAAUGGUAUUCAGUGUCCAAUCUGCGGUUUUACUUUCAAAGAUAUUGAUAAGUUCAAGGUCCACAAAAAGAAACACAAGACUCACCGGUACAUGUGCGACCAGUGUGGGAACCUGUACACAAGGAAGACGUAUAUGUACCGCCAUCAGCGGGAGAACCACGGAGCAGUACAUGUACGAGCUAGACGUACUGUCAAUGUUUUUAUGCAAGGCGAGAACACAUCAGCCAGAGCGCCCCAAGGAAGGGCGGGGUUACUAAGCAGCGGUGAUGAGUCAACUAAGAACAUGCCCAACCGUUGCAAGAUCUGCCACUAUGUAACCAUUUCGAACCAUAUGCUUAGAGAGCACUUGAUGCAGCAUCAAAACAGGCCGUAUGGAUGUGAAAAAUGUGGCCGAGUGUACAUGAGUAGGGGCAAACUGUACGAUCAUUUACGACGAAAGCAUGGAGCCACAAAGAUCCAUUAUCUGACCCCUCAGAGGAGACAGAGGAUUAUGAAAUACCUUAAAGAAAUGACUGUCCAGGUUCUCCGUUGCGGAGAAUGUGGAUUUUCCUGCCGCGAUCGGAAAUCCCUGGAAGUGCACAAACAGUCUCACAAGCUUGUACGGAAGGUUGUUAGAAAGGUCAGUACCCCAGUUGAUUUGACCGACGCAGAGACUUGUGAAAUAUGUGGUUUUAAGACAAGGGAUGAAGAGUUCUUCACAGAACACAUCAACAAGCAUGUCGCUUUCCCGUUUGGGUGCAAGAAGUGUGGAAACACUUAUACGACUAAAAAGUCGCUCCUCAGGCAUCAUCAUGAGAAACACGAGGAGCAAGAUCUUGAUAAUAGGGAUUUGGACCAGAGUCUAGGUUUGAAGGCAAGACUGGUCCAUUCCAAGCACAAGGAUGCCUGUCCGGAAUGUGCCUUCUACACACCUCAUAAGUCGGUUCUCAAUAAGCACAUAGCCAGGCACAAGGAAUUCCCCUAUGGGUGCAUCGAGUGCGGCAAUGUAUACACACGCAACAGCACCUUACGUCGACACCAAAGAUCCAAACAUAUCCAUCUCUUCACAGGGGGUUUCGAGGGACCGGAAAAGAAGGAAAUCGGCGGGCUGCUGCGGAAGAUGACUUCUCCCGAGGAACUCCAAAUCCAGGGUGAUGCCUGUCCGCACUGUGGGUUCCAGACACCCGACAAGAACUUCCUGACUGACCACGUCAUCCUGCACCUGACCCAUCCCUGCGGGUGUAGGAUCUGUGGCAACGUCUACACCCAGAAGAAGUUUGUGAUGAGACACAUGCAAGAGAAGCACCCCGAGGCUUACAGAGAGGACGUUGACGUUGCGCUUACGAAAGGCGACCAGGACAGCGCCUCCGACAGUGGAGGGGAGAGGGAUGGGAGCCUGGAUGAUGAUCUCAGUUCUGAAUCGGGGAAGCAUGAUGGGUGGGAACUCGAGGGAGGGGUAAAUGAUGAUUAUGGUAGGGAUGAUGAGAUGGAUGGGGAAGGUGGAAUAGAUGAGGAUGAGAGAGAAGAAAAGAUGGAGGAUGAAGAGGAGGAUGAAGAAAUGGAAGGAGAGGAUUAUUCUGAUGAAAGUGAUGCUAGUGACUUUGAUGAUGAUGAGGAGGCGAGUAUUGGAAAUGAAGGUGAUCCCUGAUAGACUGAUUUCUUUAUUACAUAUAACGUGUAUAUAAUGGUACUUGCACCCAUGAUAUGCUGUAAUUUUUUUAUAAUGGAUCAUAUCUUUGUUUCAAUACUCACGAUGUACUCCAUCACAAAGACUUUCAGUUUAUUCCUAGAUCUGUGAUUUCCAAUGUAUACAAUUCACUUCAAUUUCAAAUUUUUUAUAUCCUGCUUUUAUUGACGAAUUUCGAUUUAGAUUCAGAGGCCCGUAUUCUGAAGUCGGGUUUAACUUAAACCCAGGUUUAAAGUUGUGGUUUAAGUAUGGACAGCCAAUUGUUACAUAAAUCACUAACAGUAGAGAUAAGAUAUUUCAGCUCAUUUGGCUCUCAAAUCAUUCGUAAUUGUCUAGGAAGUAUAAAUAGAUGAUUGCCUUCACCAUCAGUGAAUCAGGAAAGAGCACAGUAAACAUAGGAAACAUGCAACUUAAUAAAACAUUUUGACACUUUUGGCUUCCCAUAAUUUUAGCACAGAGUUAGACCAUGGUCUAAGUAAAACCUGACUUCAGAAUACGAGCCAGAGUGUUUGGUGUUAUCAUGAGAAAGGAUAUUCAAACUAUUAACAAAACUAAAAAAGUUUAAACCUUUUGUUUGCACAUUCAAAUGCAAUUUUACAUUUUUUAGUUCUUUAUCUAGUUUGGAACACGUUUUCACCUUUUGUUAAAGGACAAGUCCACCCCAACAAAAAGUUGAUUUGGAAAAAAAAGGAGAAAAAUCCAACAAGCAAAACACUGAAAACUUCAUCAAAAUCGGAUGUAAAAUAAGAAAGUUAUGACAUUUCAAAGUUUCGCUUAAUUUCACAAAACAGUUAAAUGCACAUCCUAGUCAGUAUGCAAAUUGGCAGACUGAUGACGUCACCCACUCACUAUUUCUUUUGUAUUUUAUUAUAUGAAAUAUGAAAUAUUCUUAUUUUCUCCUCCUUGUCAAUUGAAAAAAAGUUGCAUUUCUCCCUGAACAUGUAGAAUUACCAUUAUUUUAACAGUUUAUGGUUAAGUAAAGUUGGUCCUUAUUGUCAAAUCUGUUAAAAUUGAAAUAUUGUAUAAUUC